AAUGGUUGAUGUUUUUAAAUCGAAUCUUUAUUAGAGUUUGGCUACUGCUCCCGGCAGCUGCCUCUGCCCCUCCUGUAUUUCCUGCAUUGCGAGUUGCAGCUCCUCUGCUUUCCCCGGUGACCUUUGUGUCGAUCCUGUAUUUCCGCAUUCACCUGUAACCGGCCGCUCCUCUCUGACCAUGUCCCAGGCGGAGAGCGGGGACCGUGAGCCGGGACAGCCUGCCCGAGUCCCGGGAGCCGCAGCCUGCCCGGGCUGCUCAGGUUCCGGAGACAUGGAGGAGGCGAGGCGGCGACUCUGCACCUGUCGGCGGGCGGACUGCGGACAGCUCCCCGCCCCCCGGGCUCCGGAAUGCGGCGACUGCCCCAUUCACCCCAGCCAGGAGGGCUGGUUCUGCUUCACCGAGGGCAGGGCGGUGUGUGCCCACUGUGCCAUCCCGGGACCCUGCAGCAGCCACCUGGGUACCAGCAUCGGGGAGGCGGCGGAGCGCAUGAGGAAUAAACUGGUUGAUGUCUGUGAGAAAUUACAGCUGAGAUUAGCUUCGGUGGAGAAAUUCACAGCAGAGACUCUGAAUAACAAAAGUUGCAGCGUUAAGGCUAAUGCCAGCAGUGCCAGGGAACUGAUCAUCCAACGUCUCAACUUUAUACGUGAGAUGUGCGAGAAUGAGGAGCAGAGACUGUUGGAGGUGAUCCAUAAUGAGGAAGAACGGGUCCAACAGAGCAUCCUGACCCAGAAAACCUACUGGAUGGAGUCUCAGCAGAAGUUAACUGACAUAAAAAGCUACCUGGUAGACACACUAACCAAAAUGGAUGACAGCGCCCUUGUGAAAUGCCAGAAGGAAAUAUUUGAAAGGGCAGAGGAAGCUGAGGGAAUUCUUGAGCCCGAGGACUCAAACAAGCUGAACUUCAACCUUGCCUGCGCUCACAGUCACCUCCUUGGUAAUCUGUGGGCAUCUGCGGCCAUGAUCUGCAUCGCAGAUGCUGAAAACAUUCAUAUUGACGAGAAAACUCUGCACUCAUCGCUGAAACUAUCUGAGAAUAAAAAGAGGCUGACCUUUGUCAGGAAGAAAGCCCACUCGUAUCCAGACUGUCCUGAGCGUUUUGAGCACUGGCCAAAUGCCCUGGGGCUGGAGUCUUUCCAGAGCGGUCUUCACACCUGGAGAGUGGAUGUGCGGAAUAGCUGCGCCUACAAAGUGGGCCUGGCUUACAGCUGCCUUCCGCGCAAAGGCUCCGGUCACGAAUCUCGACUCGGUUAUAACUCAUCCUCCUGGGUGUUCUCUCGGUACAAUGAAGAAUAUAUGAUUGCCCAUGAUGGCCAGCUGAAGACCUUGGAUCUGCUGAGGUGCCCAAAGUCGAUUGGUGUGCUGGUAGACUGUGAUGGAGGUGAAAUCCUCUUCUAUGAUGCUGAUGCCUGUGCUGUAAUACACAGCUACAAAACAAAGCUGAUCUUUCCCAUCCACGCUGCCUUGGCGGUGGCAGAUGAAAGUAUCGCGAUUGUCCACUAGCAGGGUGCUGGGUGCACUGGAUAUCUCCGAGUACGCGCCUAAUAUUUUGGUUCCAGAAUUUUCUCAUUCUAGAAAGAGAUCCCAGUCAAACUGAAAAGCAGAUUACUGCAGAUGCUGGAAAUCUGAAAUAAAAACAGAAAAUGCUGGAAAUAGCAGGUGUGACAACAUCUGUGGAGAGAUAAACAGAGUCAACGUUUCAGAUUGA